ACUGAGUCGGUUGCUAUGGAAACCCGGUGGCGCGAGGCGGGGUUCGCGCAUCCAACGCCGGUCUCGCGCGCUCUGACGGUGCUGAUCACUCCCGUUCAUGACAGCUAUUGUCCUCGCGCUCGAUACGCAACACCUUCACGACUAAACUAAAGCCAUUGCGACAAGCGGAGAGCAUGUCGGAAAAGGAAAACAACCGAAACGAGGACUAUGUUGGGGAGAUCAAAGGGGGUCUUCGGCCGACCAUGAGGCUGAUAGUGAUGGGUAUUGUUCAUAAGCAGCCUAAAAGUAUGGUAGUGAUAGUGUCGUGCCAGUCUAAAGGAGAGGGGGAUGAGGAAAUCGAGGGGGAUGUUGGGCUGGAGUUAAAGGUGAACUUUCCAGAAAAGGCCGUGCUUCGCAACGCUCGUCUGUCAGGAAAAUGGGGCUCUUCAGAAACCGCUCUGUCUUUCUUUCCCUUUGCUCCAGGAGAAGCCUUUAAGAUGGAGAUUGUAUGCGAGCACCAGCAGUUUCGUAUUCUGGUGGACGGGCAGCCGCUGUGUGGUUUCGCUCACAGACAGACUCAGCUGGCAUCUCUUAAUGCUCUCAGAGUUCACGGAGAUCUACAGCUCACCAAAGUGGCUUGAGCAAUAGGAGAAGUGCCUGCCAGGAUGACAGACUAUUCAUAGGAGCAACCCCCGAGGAUGAAGAAGCGUACUGUAUUCAACUGAUUUAAAGUUAAACGAGUUUCUCGGUUCAUUUAUAACACCUAAAUCUCAUUUCAGUUUGUCCCGUGUUAGUUUUAGUCGACUCAAGGCCUGUUCACACAAACAACAGGUCUUUAUUGCUCAUUUUAGUUGAUUUUGCUGCUGUUCAUUUAAAAAAAAAAGAAUGUUUGUGUAUAUUUGGACACAUUUAAAGGAGAAAACCUCAUGUGCAGCUAGUUUUAACCUACAAAAGAGUAAAGAGUUGAAAUACAGAUUGCUUAAAAUUCAAGUUAUGAUUUGGUGCAAGCUAGCUAGCAUUGUAGAUUAUUUUUUAGCUUAGCUUUUAAAACACAUGACGUACUACCUAAUGUUUUUACUUUGCUUUGUGGUAACAUUUGAUCAGUUUAUUUGGCUCUUUGAUACAGAAGCAGAAGUGCCUUCAUUUGUUCCAUUAGAUGCACUUAUUAAGUAGACGACUUUAGGUGUGCUUGUAGAGGUGAUUGUAGUUCCAAUUUAUUUAUGCAUUUGAUAGACGCAUAUUACAUUGCAUUCAAGCUAUACAUUUGAUCAGUUUAGGCAUUUCCUGGAAACUUAACCCAUGGCCUUGUCAUUGCUACGCUCUAAAGAAUUGCUGGGUUGUCCAUUAUCAUAUCCAUAUUUUGGUUGAAAUAAAACCAGCAUUGAUUGGAGUGUAGCAAGGUGUUUUAGGGAUAGUUCACUCAAAAAUCAAGCAUAUACUCCACUAUUGCUUCCCCUUAAGUGGUUCCAAACUAAAGUGGAACAGUGUUUUUGUCCUGUUGAACACAAAAGAUAUUUUGAAGACUGUAGGUAAGCGGUAGCCAUUGACAUCCAUAGUAGGAAAUAAAAAUACAUUGGAAGUCAAUGGCUAGCUUUUUUCAUUUCUGGGUGAACUAUUCUGUGAACAGUUGUAUUUGUUUUGCUGUUUGAAUGUUGAAACCAUUUCAACAGAAUAAUUCAGAAUCAUCUUUUGUUGAUGGGAAUGUACCACAGAACUGGUCUGAUGGCAUACAGAAGCCUAGCAUUCAUAACUGACACCCGAAUGUUCACUUUAAAAUGUAAUUCCCUGCGAAUGUAUUGGUUUGAAGAAAAAGGACUCAAAGUCCAUGUUGAGCCUGUACUUGGUGCUGUCGGUCUACACAAUGCUGCAAAUGAAGCAUGUGUCAAAUAAGGCUCAUAGCAAGGUCUGCUUGAAUGUCUUAUAACAUCUAACAAUUGCAAUAUGUACUGUAAACUUUUCUUAAACAAGAAGAUCUGAAUUAUU